UCACCAUUACUAUCCAAGUUGAAGGAACAGAGACUGGGGAAAGGUGAUAAAGAGAAGGCCAAGGGAGGUAACAAUUCCAAAUGAGCAAGGAAAUUAAUAGUGCUUUCAGAGUGUUUUGGAAAUCAAGGGAAUGGAAUGAGGGAAAAUCAACAUUUGAAUCAGAAAGUGACAUCUCACUUUCAUUGAGAAGAAGGUGUUCUAGAAGGAAGAAGGAGGACAGACUGUCAGGAGACUCUGAAGACCAUGAACAGCAGCGUGACCAACUGAUGACAUUUCCCUGUUCCAUAUGCAAACGUGAAAUUGAUCUACCUGAUGUUUUCCUCCAUAAAAAGCAACAUGUGGCUCUGGCCACCCUGGGGUUUCAAUGGAUGAGUACAAAGAAACCAGCGCUUCCACUGGUUUCCAUUCAGAGACAGUUUAUGAUCACUAAACUAUUGUCAUUUUCUAUAUUCACUGAAAAAAUCCUCCAGAGCAUUAAUAAUGCUUCUGAGCUACUUUGGAAGAAACAAAUACCAGCAUACUAUAAGAUCAUUGAUAACGUUCACAGGAGUUCCAUAUUUUCUCAAGCAGUCUGUCAUGGAUUGAUUAAAGGUGUAGCUAUUUGUGAAGACAGAAAUUCUACAUGGAAAGCUGACAUGAAUGAUAAAUUCACUGUGGUGAAUAACUUUGGCAAUAAACCUGAUGUGUGUUUUUUCGGUUUGUUUGAUGGACAUCAUGGCGCCUCAGCAGCAGGCUUGACUUCAAUGGAACUCCCAGUUUUAAUUCUCCAUCAACUUUCCAGAUUUGAUCCUUCCUACCAAAUGACUCCUGAAGAGCAAAAUGUAAUCAAAUCCUUUAACACGGUAUUUAGGGAAGAAUACAUAGCUAUAGAAGAACUUUUUUCCUCCAUAAAGAAAAAGAGAAAAAAGGUGAAAUGUGAGUAUGAGAACAUACACAAAGCCUUUGCGAAAGCGUUUUGGAGAAUGGACAGGCUUUUACGUCUCGGAAGGAAUGAAGUGUCCAGGGUUCGAUGGAGUGGCUGUUCUGCAGUUACUUGUAUAAUGGAAGGCAAUAUUAAACAACCCUAUACUGAGAAGAACUGGAAAAUCAAUAAAGCUGAUGACUUGGCAAAGAGUUUCCCUUCCCAGAUGAUGCCACAAAUGAUGUCUGGAGUACUCCAUAUUGCAAACACUGGUAAUGUACAAGCAAUCUUAUGCAGAAAUGGAAGAGGCUUUUGUAUAACCAAAGAACACACUACGCGAAACAUAACCGAAAGAAGACGACUACUUCAGAAUGGAGCAAUGAUCAGUUCAAAUGAACCAUAUGGGCUCCUAGAAGGGCAAAUAAAAACCACACGAGGACUUGGAUUUCAUGGAAAUCUCAAACUGAAAAAAUCUAUUAUACCAGCACCUCAAACUAUCUCUGUCCCUAUUGAUGACUUAUGCCAAUUCCUUAUCUUAGCUACUAAUGGACUCUGGGAAGUUUUGGAUACAAAGGAAGUCACUGCACUGGCAAUGACAAUAUUUCAAGUAUAUAAAGAAGCCUAUUAUUCUAACACAAAAAAUCAAUCUUUACCAUCCAAAGAGCCUUUCCUAAUCUAUGAACCAAGCAAUUCUGUAUCAGAAAGUAAUAUCCAUAUAUUGUUUCAGUAUAAACCUGAAUCUACAGAAUGUGUAUCAACUAUAAAUUCAAAGGAAGAUUUGUUUGAUUCAACAUGUUCUAACCCUAAAAAUGAACAGACAUUUCCACCAGAAAUGAGUAAUCAUCUUUACAGUGAGAAAGAAAUCAAUGGACCAACCAGUGUAGAUGAUGUGUCCAAAAAUUCAAGUGAAAAAGAAUCACGCACUGAAAGUUUCUAUGAAGGUGCAGCCAAGUAUAUCAGCCAUGAACUUGUAAGUGCAGCUUUAGUGGCUGGCUCCAGAGACAACAUUACAGUCAUGGUAAUACUUCUCAAGGGAACUGAGUAUCAGUUUCUGACUGACAAAAGAUAAGGUUCCAAUUAUCAAGAGUAUAAAAAUGUAAAGACAAUUCUUCAAAGAACCAGAUAUUAGAAUACUUCAAUACCACAUAAAUAAUUUUUAAGAAUGUAUUAAAGAAACUAUAAAAGCAUAUUUUAGGUUACAUA